AUACGAAUCAGAAUCAAUCAAGAAUUAAUCUAUGGUAUUUUACCAACAGGAGAUCGACAGAGAAUAAUUUCUACUCCAGAUAAGCCGACCAAGGUCUUUAUUGGAGACAACGUUUCACUGGUUUGGCAGUACUAUAAGCCUGCACAUCUAACUCUCUUUGAGGUCGUCUUUGGUUACUGGAAAAGUCCUGGUUACUUGCAUCCAAAGCUUAUAGCAGUCGAUUCAAAAGGAGUUAUAAGCGUAAGAGCAGGCUAUGAGACAGCGGUGAGUUGGGAUGGAAAUUUGACAUCUUCCCUGGCAGUUUUUGUUUUAUAUAAUGUCCAGCCGGCCGACGGAAAUGUGGAUUUUGGUAUUCAAGUUGAGUUUGGACUCGCGGACAAUCCAUUGAAAGAUGUAGUCCAGCUUCUAGUUGAGGCAAAACGUAGGUAGAAGCAUGUGGCUAUUUAUAUGUUUUUCAUCAUUGUUAAUUUCCCCCAUGAUCUAACUAAAAUAAAAAUGAAUUGAAAUAUGAGCGAUGAAUUCAUGAUACCAUGCUUUUUAUGUCGACUCUCUUAGUAUCAACUACUUGAAUUCCUCGAAUUUCGGUUCUGUCCCGACGAUUUUGCAAUUGGGAUAAAUUAAAGGAACGGUUUAAAACUAAGCUAUAAGAAAAUUCUUUUGGAGUCUUUAUUAUAGUUCCCACAUUUAUUCGUACGUAUACCUUCCCAUUUGGUGGCGACGCCCAGUUAAGCAUGUCUUCCCACCCUGCUUACCUCACACAAUUGCAUCAUUAUAUGAGGCAUCACAUUCGUUUAGCUUGGUUGCUCGUUCAUUGUUUUAAUAUGGCUUCAUGAAAAUCCUUCACUAACUUUUCUCUCUUUCUCUUAACGUGGAGACUACCACAGUGCGGUUUCAUUGGAAAUGCGUGAGCAUAAUGAGAUAAUUUGAAAGCUGAAUUGACCCAGAGAAGUUCCAUAUAGCAUACAACUAUUUGCAUUUUAUUGAUUAUAAAUGUACCUACAACACAGAAGGUCUGGCUGUCGCUAACGCUUUGUGUACUGUUGUUUUAAUUAUUUUACGCGGUUAAGAGUCCAUCCCACCUUUGGUCCAUCCUAUAUUUUCUAACAUUGUUAGCGGUUAAUGGGAUUCGGAAUAGCUUUGAUUAGGCCACAUUUCUAAAGCAGUAAAUGUUGACAUUUCUAUAAGUCGUGAUGCUAAUGUCUAGCGAAGCUGAGCAAGAAAAAUGUAACCGAAGCUCGAGAAAGAGGACAUCCAUCUGGGCGCCAUGAUUUCUUAAUACAGCUGCGAACGUCUUUGAAAAAGUCUUCGAUACAUUAGAUUAAAGUGUAACUUGAGCUUUCUGUUUAAAGGGAAAUAUCCUUUAGAUCAGGGGUCACUUUCCAUUCAACAAAAAUUCGUGUUUAAAAUUCGGAAACUCGACAUGCGCAAUGGAACGAUACAUUCCGGUUGCACAGACCCGACCCAAGCCACCGCGCGUUCGGUUAUUGCAAUUAUAAGCAGGAUGCAGAAGAGCAGUUCUUGGGACAACAAGUAUGUCAAAUGAAAAGAAACAUUUCAUUCCGACCGACUGCCUGAAAUAUUAGUGACCGGAAAGGUCAAAUUUGACCACUUUCAAAGGUGGUCCUAAAUAUUCCGGUCGGACCGAACCAAAAUGGGUCCGUCUUAUUUUGCCAUUUCUAACGAAAAUUUCCGGAAUUUUUGGCUGAAUGGAAAGUGCCCCAGGUGACAGCGAAAAUCAGCGGUUUAACUAUGAGUAUGAUUCUAGAGGUAAAAAGUUGAAAGUUGAUCCAUUUUCUUGCCAUGAAUUUGUUUCUACCCAUUCCAGAUUUGCCACGAAUCACCGACAUCACUACACCACCGAUCCUUAGAACGGGACAAAAUGUAAACCUUAGUUGUAUAGCCAGCGGGUUAUCUCUUCUCAAUGUCACGUGGCACAGAGGACGAAAUGUCGUCAGCAACCAUGGUAACGGUACUUCCACCGUGGUGAUCAGGCUAUUUAAUAUAACUCAAGAAGACUGGGGCGAGUACACUUGUGUCACCCAAAAUGAAGCCGGAGAAGACAGGAGAACUGUUUUUCUCAGAAGUUAGUAGUUAGCCUAAUAAAGCUGUGAGACUGAAAAAUCCUGUCAUAAUGAAUAGCGAUCGGCAUAUAAACGGCUUUUUUCAUAAUAUAGUUCUGGAUAACCUAAGCAAAGCAAUUACUGAAUGGAAAGAGACUCGAUUUCCUCUCUGUAAUUGAUAAAAUCAAUGAGCUUUUCCAGCAGAAUUCGGUGGUGCGACAAAGAAAAACCGUCUUAAGAUCACGAUUAACAAUCUUCCAAUGGAAUUUUGAAGCACUGAUCGCCAAAUGCUUAAUGUGAAUGCUAAACAUGGAGAAUGUCGCUUGUCAGCUGGGAUUUUAAAAUCAUGCUAUCAUGCAGUUAAGAUCUUAACGGAUGGGAAUCUUUACGAUGGUAAAAUUAUGAGUGAGUACUAAUUUCUAGUAGAAUUAACAACAAGUUGUUCGGAAAACAAUUACACCACUUGAAAAACCAAGCCUUAAUAUUUUCAUUUUUAAUCGAAAAAAAAUUCCUCUCCACAAAGAUGAUUAGUUAUGUUUUCAUGGUUGCAAAUACACCUAUGGUUUUGUUCUGAUAUAUUGUAAGAGUGGUCCCUUAAAAUAGGUAUUCCUACAUCAUAACAUUUUCUUCUCUCAUCUUAAGUUCUCCCUGCAAGCCCGACGAUUCUUAACACAAACACAAAAGUCGUGAAUUCUAGUUGGACUCUUCGGUGGUCAGCGGUUUACAGUGAGGGACGCUUGGUGACGACCUAUACAGCUUGGCACCGAGUGUUGCACAUGACAAAGGUGGCAGACAAGGAUAUGUCUCGCAAGGAAUCCUGGUUACGAAGAAAUGUUUCCGGUUUUAUGUACCACAUAGAACUGGCUGCCUAUAAACGUUACAUGUUCGCAGUAACAGCUUGGAACGAAUGGGGCGAAAGUGAAUUAGAAAGUAGCAAAACAAUGAUAAUUUCUACAAAUUUUGCGGAUGGAACCAAUCGGAGAACCAAGACAACAGCGAAGUCGCUUCACACAAGUACGAUAAGUUCAUGAGUUACAGGAACUAAGAAAAAUAUUCGGAAAAAUUUGCUUGCUCUAUGACAUGAAUAAUUUACCAUUAAUCGGAGACCUAUUUUAAAAAUGCAUAGGAUUCUAGGAUUACCAAACAACAUUGCAAGUUGCUGCGGAAAGAAAUGUAUGCCGUUUGAAAUGGCUGUGGCCUAAAUAAAGUUGAAUAUUAAGAGGACCACCAAAAAUACAAUUGUAUCAAAUAAUUGUAAAUUGAACCAAGCGCCACCUCCAUCAAACGACCAGGCACUCCCCCUUUUGGCCAUCCCGGCUGGAGUUCCCCUGUUGUCGUCAUCUCUGUUAGCGGCUACCAAGUGUUACUUUGCCCAGCUGAACAAUAAAGGGAAAUACGUGUACACUCUGACAUAGAAGGUGACCACUGAUCAAAGACCCGUUAUGUAACGUUUCAAUUACAGGGAACUUACGACCUAUUUGGGUUAUUAAGUUUGCGCCAACGUUUAUGGCAUAUUGUUCGUGUAGUUCGGAAACCUCAUUAAAAACUUUUGGGGAGAACUCGUUCGUAACAAUAUUGUAGUUUUGUUCAGUACUAAUUUACAUUUAAGAGCUGUCUCUUCAUGGGUGAAAGCUAUUACUAUACAAGCUUCUAUAAAGGUGUUUCUUUUAGAAUAAACUGGAGUUUUUCUGGAACAGUAUGCUAUACGGCCAACCUCCGCUUAGUUGCGUUGCCGGCCUUCACCUCAAUGUUUAAUUAACUCUAGCUACGAGUUGUGACCAAUACUGCUUUACAUUACCAGUAUAGUUUGGUUUACUUUUCCUAGACGGGAGAAGUCGUUUUGAUAUCGUCUGUUUUUUUCUCUAACAGAGGUUGCAACAGGGAUGUCACCAACGGACAGGGCUAACAAGAAAGAUGAGGAGAGGAAUUAUAAUGUCACCCUCGUAAGCAUUAUGAUUCCCAUUGCCUUAUCUUCCUUGCUUCUAGGAGGAAUCUACUGUUUAUGCAGGAAAUCUGUUUGUAGAAAGGAAAAAGAACAACGUAAGUUAACUAAAUUUUUACAGUUCAUGUCAUAAUUGUUCUUUCAAAAAAUAACUCAUUUAUUGCAUGAUGUCCAUAGUAAUCUCUGUCCUGAUACAAGAAUCCCGAAUCCAGGUUCCAGUGACAAGAAAUCGGGAAUUCACAGCGUGGAACCACAAUCCUAGACUGUCUAUAUACUGGCUAUGAAUACCUAAAAUGGGGCGAAAGAUACCUUACAGACCUUACAUGGGGCGAAACAGCUACAUUGCUAGCGAACAGGCUUGAUGAAAUGUAAUUACGUAUAUGUGGGACGUAGAUAUCUCCACGUACACAAACAAGGACAUUUUGAACAUAGAUUCUAACAUUGAUUCUUUCUUUUCGAAUUUAACAGGUCAUCAAGAAAUCAGAGCGUAUGUAUUUUAUAUUUUGAAGAAAACGUUUAUCCGUCAUUCGUCUUUCAUCGUGGGGUUGUCUAUUCAAUUCAUUUAAAAAAUAGAUUUUACUUGAACAGAAACAGAAAAAUUUUGAUAUUAAUUUUUGCUUAGAAAAGGAGGAAGUGACAGUCCACAGACUUCAACGUGUGUGUGUCUACUGGGAGAUUUGGAAAAAGCGUUAUUUAUCUACUGAGUCAGCUGUGAGCGAGCGCAUUACCAUGCAUUCAUGGGCUUUUUCACUUUUUCAAAGCACCGCGAUCUAAAAACGUAAUUUUGCUAUCGUCAUUUCAGUAGUGUUAAUACAACGUCUUUAUUCCCAUAGGUGCACUAAGAAAUCUUGAAAUACUAACUUAAAAAAAACGCAGAGCAGUGACAAGUUGCUUUUAAUUGGCAAAAUUGUAACAGGGGAACCCAAUUAAAGACUACUUUCUGUAAAAUAUCUGUUCGAAGAAGCGAAUUAAAUCAGGGCCCAGUUGCUCGAAGCAUGGUUAGCAUUAACCAGGGUUUAAUACCUUGACAACGUAUUGGUUUUGAUACUGCUUAACCAAUGGUUAAAGCUAACCAUGCUUUGAGCAACUCAGCCCAGAUUGCUUAAACUUUUCCGUAAUUGGCAUGGUGGACGGCUUGAAUUUCUAGAUGACAGUUCCAUUCAUGAUCAAUUCUCGAGGCUUAUCAGAGAGAAAUUCGCUACGAUUUUCUGAAGUCCAAUUUUUCAUUUCACUCCCUAGGUCUAGCUAUAUUUCGAAAAAAAGGGAAACCUAAUACUUUAGGAUUGGAAAUUUUAUAGAGUAUUAAAGGAAUCAGUAAUAUUUUAAGCUUUGUGAAACUUGGAAUUGAAUCUAAAGUUCUGGGAAAAUAAUACUAAAGCCACUGUAAUUUCGAAAAGAUUGACGUUGCCCUAGGACUGGACCGAACAGAUACAAACUUUAAAGCGCCACUUAGAAUGCAAAACUCUUUCCCGGUUAUUCGGUCAUUUUCAGCCAAGCUGAGGGCCCUAUCAAUCGUAAAUAGAUGACUUGGAAACGAAUACUCGAAAGUGAAAAAUUGUAACCUAUACUAUCUGUUUUAUGCCGCAAGAAAAAAUACCUCACUUAUUUUUUUCAGAAUAACAAGAUUGUACUUUACAUCACAGGAGAAUGGAUCCUCUGAUUUGGUGAGAUCCCUUUUUUCAUUUCUUACGUCACUUUCUUCUUUUAGAUAAAAGUAUUUUAAAAACGCCGUUAAUUUUGUAGAGAUUGCUUAGCAGCGUUUCAGUAUUAAUGUAUUCAGAAGGUUUUUCGCGAGAGGGUUAGCCAGUCCUGCCCUUAAAAAAUUCGGGGUCGUUUUAGUUUCCACCCUCUACCACUGCCAACACUGAAUGGUUUACGCCCUCUUUUUUUAAUUUACUACUUUUAGAUCGGGAAAAAUGAUAAGAUGAUCAUGUUUCAGUUUAUUAGGGCCCACCUUUAUUCCCUCAGUCUCAUCGGUUUGCUUUCAUAAAUAUUUUUAUGAACAUAGGGAUUAAAAUAGGGAUAAACAACAGUCAAAACCCGCUUUACGGACACCUCAUUAUUACGGACAGUUUUACGGACACCUCAUUAUUACGGUCAGUUUGCUUUGCCCUUGGGAAAGAAGCUCCUAUAUUUUCUCUAACUUCAACACGCUUAAUGCGGACACUUUCUAUAUAGCUCCCUCAGUGUCCGUAUUAACGGGGUUUGACUGUACUUAUUUAUUGCAGUUUCAAGGAGAUGGUAUGAAUAAAAGACACUCGGUGACGUCAUCAGAAUUGCCAGUGGGUACCUCAGAAUCGAACAGGGCUUCAGAACAAUUGUCAGCAACAGUGACACUAAGUCAAGUUGGAGAGAACUGUGAACAGAGGAGCGCUGGCAGAGUUUUUGCACUGACAUCAUUCCAUCCAGAAGCGAACUAUCUCACUCGAGCAGUUACUUUAAAUCAGGAGUCCAGUGCUGUGAAAACAACUGAAAAUCGCAGUGUUAUCAAAGCAAUAAGGGAUAGUCAGGCUCCUAUUACUGGGUAUAUCAACCCUGCUAAUUCUGAAGGGGACAACCAAGUUGUCAUGGAAACUAGUAAGAGAACAGGUGCAGUAAUGGACGGAAGCAUUCAAGAGAUCAAUCAGGAAACGAGAGCAGUCAGGGAGUCAGAAACCUUUCGGAGAAAUCAAUUUGAAACUGGUGUAUGCCAUCAAAAUUCAAAUUCUGAGAAUUACCUUCAACCAGUGGACAGUGAAAAUUUGCAAGUGAGGGCUCAAACCAGUCGCUGCACUUGCGAUAGAAAAGCCCAUACCUUCCAAUCUAGGCCUCGGCCAAAACCAAGGUUGAAGAUUAUGGGUAAAAUUGUCACUGAAAGCUUCCAACAUAAGGAUUCAUCAUUAACUCUGCCACCGUUGAAUACGCGAUGUACAGAUACACGAACUAGAAUGGCUGAGCGAUCAAAUUGUACCAGCCCUCGGACGAUAGCUUUUCACGGAGCCACCGGCUAUCAGAAUGAUCAAUGUCUAAAGUCUUUCUACCAGAACACAGUGGGGAAAACUGGCUCUACCAUGAAGCCGCAUAGCAAAGUUGAAUCCCCAUACACGCCAGUGUUUUCUAACACCAACUGGGAGGUUUCAUGCAAUCAUUUGACAUUAUUUGAAAGAAUCGGUGGUGGGUCGUUUGGCCAAGUGUGGAAGGGUGCGGCGUGGGAAAUGAAUGGUACCAAAAGCUGGUCCGUGGUGGCCGUUAAAAUGCUUAAAGGUGAGGUGAGACCCCCGUCACUGGCUAAUCUACACAUUUUCGAGCACCGGUUAGUACCUGCAGCUUAUAGAUGGGAUUCCAAAAAAAAAAAUACCAAAAAACAAAACAGAUACCAAGGUUAGUCCAACUUAAAUUGGAUACAUCAAACUGGAAACUUCAAUAUUCUAAGCUGAGACGCUAAAUUUCCCUACCAUUAGAAUAAUAGAAUGAGUUUUUCACUUCAAUCCUUGUAAAUGCUACCCUCAAUUUCUUAGCCUGAGAAAACAGCCGAAAAAGUCUGAGGAAGGAGCGAAGAAAUUCCAUUUUGAUGACACGACAUCAGGAUAGUGCUUCUGAUUGGUUCAAAAUUUACUUCGUCCAAUCAGAGGCACGUGUCGUCAGUAUGGAAUUCUGCGCUCGUUCCUCGGAUGUCAUUUCAUGAAAAGGGGAAAAUGGUGAUGGUGUCGUCGCGGAAUGUCAACUUUGUUUUCAAAUUUCUCUGAUUUUAAUACCCUUACAAGGCACACCAUUGGAGAAAAAUCUAGCCAUAGCGGGGUACAAAAUAAUACUAGAGCAAAAAGAAAAAUAAAUUUUGCCAAUUAUUUUAUUAGUUAUUCUAGAAAACCUGCUCACCUUUCUAAUUUCUCUUCCGAGCAGUUGACAAGAGUGGACAGUCAUGGGCCAAACAAGCCCACAAACCAUUUCACACAAAUGAAAGUUAUAUUUCGAUUGUAGAAAAAUCUUCCAAGUCCGAUCUCAAGGACCUUUUGUCUGAACUGGACUUGUUGAAGAAGCUUAAACCUCAUCCUAACGUCAUACGAUUGCUGGGCUGUGUGACCAAAGAUGUGGUGCGAUGUCGGGAAAAGAUGGAGUUCAGUAAGUUCAUGCUUAAAAAAAGAUAAAGUUAACACUGAAAAGUAGUUAUUCUGUUGUAAAAGGUAUGAUCACUUCCUCUAAGUUCAGCGCUGUUAAGGAGCAAUAUUCAUGUAACCUCUUCCGCUGCAAGAUUUAAAUCGUUUAGCAAAGGUGAAUAGAAUGAAAUAUAUACCAGGGUAUCUAAAAGAUAUUAAUGCUGCGGCCCAUUCUGUUGAUACUGACAUGUACAUUAGUUAGGCAGUGAUCUAUCUGCUUGCGUGAGACUUAAAAGAAAAUGACAUGAACAAGAAUGUCCUAUAAUUUAUAUGUUGGAAUGUAAUAAUUGCUGCGGAGUGACCGAAGGGAGCGAGCAGCAACAUAAUCAGGAUUUAAAGGAAAUAUAUAAGGGGCGACGAAUUCUCGAAUUCAUCACUUUUUACCACAAUGCAUUGCAUUUAACCAGAGUGCAUUGCGCCAUGAACAACUCAAAUAAAAACACGGGGAAGUUCGGUGGGUGAGAGAGUGCAUCGUUCGCUGCUCAGACUUAGAGUUUUCUUUGUGGCAAACUUUCUACAGCAAGGUUAGAGGUCUUACCAAAUUUUAAGACAUGCAGGAGUCUUCCAGAUGAGUACGAUGGUUAACUUGGGGAUUGGAUUUCAAUUCAGGGGCCUUUUUUGACUCAAGCCUUUUUUGCUCUUCGACUCCGCAACACGGGGGAUAUACAAAUUCCAGUUUGCUAGAAGGUGAUGUGAAAGUGAGAAAAUGUCAUGCAAUGCUAUUCUUAAGAAACUGUAUGAGCCGAAAAUGGAUGUGAUUUUGACCAUUCGCUUCAAAAUAACAGCGGAAAUCGAGAUAACAAAACAUGUUUUGUGUCCUACUUUGCACACGAGGACGUGUAUCGGCGUUUUGAAAAGCAUAAUUAUGUUCUUUCAUUCAUUUAUUGCCAUGGAAUAUGCGUUUACAUUGUUUUUUCACUGUUAAUAGCUCGGUUAAUGCGGCUGGCGAUCAUCUUGCCGGUGGAAGUUUCAUGGAAAAGGAAUAAAAUGAAAGACUUUUCCUUCAAACUACGUAAUCAGUCUCUGUGGUGUAGUGGUUAAGUGUAGCCUCGUCGAGUCGAAGGUGCCGGGUUCGAAUCCUACUGAGUUAUUUAUUCCUUCUUUCCUUUUUUUCCCGUUUUUUGUGUUGUUGUUUUCUAUAAAUAUAUAGCUAAAUAACUGUUACUUAAUAAAGUGCAACAAACAGCAAGAAAAGUAUUGUGUUUCCAGAGAAAAUAUCGUGCACCGUAUAUUAAAUAUAUGGAUAAACGAUCUGAAUUUCUAUUAUUUCCUACAAUUUACUGUGGGAAAACCAGAGUUGAUAACCACUUGAUCAUUUUCUAAACAAUGUUCCCACGAGUUCUUUCUAUAGACUGAUAGUAAUUAUUCUAGUACUUUCCAACAUGUAAAUAGGACAUUCAAUGUCAUUUUUGAUUCUUUUAAGUCUCACUGCCUAACUAAUACCAGUAUCAACAGAAUGUGCCGCAGCAUUACUAUCUUUUAGAUACCCUAGUUACUAUCAGUAUAUAGAAAGAACUCGUGGGAAGGUUGUUCAGAAAACGAUCAAAUGGUUUUCAACUCUGGUUUCGCACAGUAAACUGUACGAAAUGACAAAAAUUCGGAUUGUUUAUCCACAUAUUAAUUUUAAUAUACGGUGUACUAUUUUUCUCUGGAAUACUUUUCUUGCUGUUUAUUGCACUUUAUUAAAUAACAGUUACUUAGGCAUAUAUAUGUAUAGAAAACAACAACACAAAAAAAGAAAGAAAGAAAGAAGGAAAAAAAGAAAAGGCUCUGAGUAGGACUCGAGCCGCAUUAACCGAGCUAUUAACAGUAAAAAGACAAAAAAAACAAUGUAAACGCAUUCCAUGGCAAUGAAUAAAUGAAAGAACACAAUUAUGCUUUACAAAACGCCGAUACACGUCCUCGUCUGCAAAGUAGGACGCAAAACAUAUGUUUUGUUAUCUCGAUUUCCGCUGUUAUUUUGAAGCUAAUGGUCAAAAUCACAUGCAUUUUCGGCUCAUACAGAUUCCUAAGAAUAGCAUGGCAUGACAUUGUCUCACUUUCACAUCAUCUUCUAGCAAGUAUCCCCCGUGCUGCGGAGUCGAAGAGCAAAUGCUCAUCUUCUCGUCAAGUUUAACGCCUGGACGAGUCAAAGGCUCUUGAAAUCCAAUCCCCAAGUUAACCAUCGUACUCAUCUGAAAGACUCUCGCGUGUCUUAAAUUUGGUAAGAUCUCUACUGCUUUGUCACAAAGAAAACUCUGAGUCUUAACAGGAACUCGAACUUCCUCGUGUUUUUAUUAAAAUUUUUCGUGGUGCAAUGCAUUCUGGUAAAAAGUGGCGCGGUGCACUCUGGUUAAAUGCAAUGCAUUGUGGUAAAAAGAGAUGAAUUCGAGAAUUCGUCUCACCUUAUAUAUUUUCCUUAAAUCCUGAUUAUGUUGCUGCUCGCUCCCUACGGUCGCUCCGCAGCAACUAGAUUUCAUGACCAGAACGGGACUUCUGAUUGAAGAGAAUUUUUCUUUCUCGGGUUUCAAACAUUAUUGCACGCUCAAACGUACUUUUUUUAAACUAUUGGUAAAGAAUUUUUAGCUUAGAAUGCUUUCGAUAGGAUUGUUAAGUUAAACAGAUAAUUAGAAAAAAAAAGUUGCUAUUUUCUUCGAGCUCCCGAUAACUUAAACUCGGGAUAACUCGAACUUUUUCCAAUUUCCGUGGAAGGUUCGAGUUAUCGGGAGUCGACUGUACAUCUUACAAAGAAAUUGAAAUAUGAUAAUAAAUGCUAGCCUAAUUGAUAAGAAUUCUGAACAUGUCAUGUAGGUAGCAAUUUGCUAUCUACAUGUGUAAGCUUGCGGCUAUCUCAGAGAUAGUAAUUGCAGUUUUGCUCUUGAUUAAGGCCCCUUCCACACUUAUCCGGAUAUUUUUGAAUCCGCAAAUCAUCCUAGCUUUGCGGAUUCAAAGAUCUCCACGUCCACACGUAGCAUAAUCGAGUUUGCCCGGCCACACGUAUCCGGAUUCACUCUCAGUCGACGUCACCCAGCUAAUUUGCAAAGCUAGCGCUAUGUUUGGCUCAUGGGAAGUUUUUUCGUCAUUCUUCUUCAAUAACUGUAUCGCUGACAAAAUUGUCCCUCAAGCACUACUUUGCUCGUUUAACUUUGGUCCGACAUGGAAAGAAGCCUCAGAAUGUCGGGUAGCCGUUUGACAUCGUUAUAAUAGCUAGAUUUAACGGCAUACACGUUAUAAGACUGUAAACUGAAGUCCAAGAAGCCAGAGGCGACAACAGUGCGCUCGGAACCAUCUUGAAUACAGUGGAACCUCUCCUUUGGGACACCUCUAUUCAGGAGACACAAACUCUGGUCCGGGAAAAACGUUCACAUGAUCUUUGCAUUUGUUACCUCUAUUAAUUGAAGGGUCACCUCUUUUCAGAAAAAAAGGGACACGUUUUCUGGGUUCCGAAACUCGGGUUUAACCUUCAUUCAAGGGACACCUUAGUGUUCAAACUAGAGUGAUUGACCACAAAAAUCGCAUACAUUUAAGAGUCCACUGGUCACAACGGCUACAGAUUUCAAAGUAACAUGAACUAUCUCACUUAAAAUCGGUGUACUGCAUUUGUAGGAAUUCAACACACAACAAUGUAGAAAUAAGUUAAUCAUGAUUUUAUAAUUAUUAUUAUUAUUAUUAUUAUUAUUAUUAUUAUUAUUAUUAUUAUUAUUAUUAUUAUUAUUAUGUAGCUACUUGAAAUAAUGACUUCAGCAGAUUCCAAGGCCGAAUAAAAGAAAUAUAUUUUAUUUUUUGGUUAAUUAUUAACAAACCCCAGCUCAACCUCUAUUCAGGGAACACUUGCCUUGGUCCUGAGGGUGUCCGCUGAAUAGAGGUUCUACUGUAUUCACGGUAAAGAACUGGGCUCGAUUUUGUUACGUCACCGGAUAAAAAAUAUCCGGAUUUAGCGUCCACACGAUUCCGGAUUUAUAGCGUAUUAAAACAUUUCCACUUUGGACAGCGGAUUAAAAAAGAUGCGGAUUUGUAUGGUGGAUUCACCGGAUACAUGUGGACGGAAGCCGAAUCCUCAAAGAAAAAGUUGCGAAUUCCAAAAAAUUCGGAUACGUGUGGACGAGGCAUAAGUUUCUUCCCACUUUUUUUUUAAAAGGACCACCCCUUGUUAUACUGGAAUUUGUUCCUCAUGGCGAUCUUCUUGGAUAUCUGAGAAAAAGCAAUGGAGAAAAUGAUGAUUUCUAUGAUUUAAAAAGUAAGGAAGUGCCAUCAAAGAUACCACAACGACAACUUUACCAAUUCUCAGCUGAUAUCGCCCGUGGAAUGGAAUUUAUUUCGGCGCACCAGGUUUGCUGAUCUCUAUGAAUGCUUUGACUUUUCGCUGUUUCCAGAGAUAUAGAUAUGGAUUGCUUGUGUAGAGACUAGAAAGAUUACCGGAACGCUAAGCAAAAGCAUUAAAUUUGUCUUGACGAAGCUAGAGAAGUUAGUUACAGCGCAUGCCUUGCGAGGCGUAGGCUCAGUGCAUCGAUGCGGGUACCCAAAAAAAUUAGGUACUCGUGCGCCCAAUAAAAACGCUGGCAAGUAUAUAGUUCAGCGAAGAAGGAACUAUGGAGUACAGUUUGGGCUCUACUUGAGCUAGCGUUAAAGAUUUAAAACAAUCAAUCCAUCUUUGCAGGCAAGAGGGAUUUUCGUGGCGAGUGAUUUUCGUCAACUCCGUUUAAACGCACAACGAAACAACGCAAACAAAAGCCCAGGCAUUAGCGAAUGAAAAUAUGUUUCGUUACACAGUUUGUUAUGGCUCGUGAUUACGACCUUUUGCCCGCAAUUUUAAGCUUAGAUGACGCAAACAUAAGGAAAAGCACAAUGCUUGCGUCAUAAGAAAAUUUGUAUGCAAACUUUUUUAUGUAAUGAUUAAAUACAUUAUUAGUUCUGGUCGUAGCUUAUCCACAGAGAUCUGGCAGCUCGAAACAUCUUAGUUGGUGAAGGGCUGCGCUGUAAGAUUACCGACUUUGGCAUGGCAAGGGACCUGGGCCGAGAGGAAAUCUACGUUAGAAGAUCCAAUGUAAGUACGUGUAUAUUACAAAGACCAUUGUCCUUUAUGCUAAAUCGAAAAUAAAUUUCCUGCCGGAUACGAUUGAUUUAAGACUGCCUGUUUGAUAGCCAAGCGCACAUCGUAAGCCGUACCUUAACUGCGCUGUGAUUCACAGCUGUCAAUUAUAUUUCGCAACAGACACUACCCCCAAACGAUUCCUGAAUUCAAGGUUCUGCGCUUUAUUGACAGGGUCUGAUGCCUGUAAAAUGGAUGGCAGUUGAGUCACUAAUAAAUCAAGUUUAUACUACCGAAAGUGAUGUGUAAGUAUAGAACGAAAAUAUAACCGUUCGGCAUGCAUUUGACAUGCAUACAUAAGCUGUUUCUCAAAUCAAUACUUUUCUCCAGAAUGCUUAAGCUGUUGUUCACAAGAACGCAGCGCGGAAUUCGUAUCCCCCGUCAAGCGGAUCUUUCAGUAUCUUGAAAGAAUGUUUUAGUUAUGGUUUACACAUCGUCUACUUGUAGACUAUUUAAGAUUUGUUGCUGUAGUCGUUUGAUUAGUGAGCGAUAUCAUCGAAACGCUCGCUGGAGUCAAAGCCGAUGAUUGCAUGGUUACGAAAAAAUAUGACUAAAUUAUAAGUAUCGCGUUUUGUGUUAAAGGUUUAAAUCUGUGCAUGUUUUCUUUCACUAACUUUGCCUCUGCGAAAUAGGCGCCGCGAAGUAUUGGAGGAGCAUGAAUGUAAUGAAAGUAAUGUGCCAUGUCUUUAAGAUCCCAUCUAAAGCCGGGCUUAAAUAAGGGUGUAUUGCUAGGCGGUCUAAUUUACUCGAAUAAAGGGUACAUCAAGAUAACGAAACUGUUUAGACUGUGUGGUAGAGUAGACAAAAACACAAAAAUAACCAAAACAGACUAAUGAAAACUGAAAUCGUCUGAUUUUAGAUGGAGCUACGGGAUUGUCCUGUAUGAAAUUUUCACCCUCGGUAAGUAGAACAGCAGAACCUCAUGAAUAAACGACACCAAGCGUACGAUUGAGUUGUACUGCGAAACUGAUUCAGGGUCAGACAUCAGAUAUAUAAGACGCUUGUAGCGUCGAUUCCCGCUAGCAGUUAAUCUUGAUCUAGCAAAGUGCUGACAUGUGGUCACAUUUCUAGCAAGAUGGCUCGGCGGCCUGUACUGUGUAACAAGGGUGACAACACUCGCGCGCGUCUCCCACCAAUGAGGCAUUAGUUUGUAUCCCUGAGAAGGACUCAAUUGGUCGGUUCAAUUCGCUCGUCAUCGGUAAGUUCUCAUUUUUGCUCCAAAGGGAUUCUCUCUGGUAAUAGAAAAAACCUAAGGCUACUAAUUCUAAUUCGAUAGUCAUUGGAACCGCUGAACACUUAUAUACGAGCCUCUAGCCUUUGCGAGUGCGCGAGCGAAGCCCCCUUGCGUUGGCGGUCAAUAAAUCCACUGCGGGUUUUAUUUUCAUACGCGCGCUCGAUGAUCUAGAAAGAAAAACAAAGAGGAUCUGUAGACAGGCCAGUCGCACCUUUGCACUGCAUAAUUCUUCACAUCCUACUCAGCUUUAUUGAAUAAUUACUAAAUAAUGCACACCCACUUUUAUACUGCAUUUAUAUUUAUAGGAGGAAAACCUUACGACGGAAUGAGCGGGGAAGAGGUCUAUAGCUUUGUCGCGAGUGGUCUACGGAUGCAAAGAAAAUCAGCUUUUACUUCAGAACUGUGA